AUGACGGCUCGAGACGCUUCUCCAGUCGCUGUAGUAACGUCCGUGGAGCUGGUACGCGGAGCCGCAGCUCUCUAACAAACUGACACCGCUCAGUUUUCACGCGUGGAUUUACAUUUUCAUCACCGUGGGUCGUUUUGGGAGCGGACACCUGCCGCCGGAGCGGAGAAAAAUAAGUUUUUUGUGUGUUUCUGGAGCGAAGGAAUGGAUAGUUUUUUGUUGUUAAACUGGAAGGAGUCGCUGUAAUUGUGGUUGGUUUGGGUUUUUCUGGACACCAGAGAAGCGGCGGCUCGGUGUCCACCUGACCCCGUGGAAAAGAACACGGCGGAUAAUGACACUGACGUGGCGCACUAAGCUCUCCAGCUCUCACCCGCUUGGAAACUAAAGUUUUCCCAGCUCCAGGUAACAGCGUCCGAUUAUCAGUUGGGAUAAACUUCAACAUUAUGGGGGUUAUCGGACUCCUCCSGCCGUCUUGAUGCCGCUCCAGCCGGGACCGCGUGCCCUGUAACCGCCGGGAUGAGCAGCACCGACCUGGAGCGCAUGUCGCUCAGCUCCUCGGCCAACUCGGUGGCCUCCAGCGCCCGGACGCUGUCGGCCAACGUCCGGAAGCUGCACAACGCGCUCAACCUGCUGCUCAGCGACUUGGAGCGGGAGCAGUUCAUCCACUGCCUCAACGUGUACCACUCCAAGCGCAACGUGUACGACCUGGUUCAGACCCUCAACGUGAUCCUGAACGCGCCCAGCAAGCGGCAGCUGCUGCCCAUGCUGCGGCUGGUCAUCCCCCGCUCCGACCAGCUCCUCUUCGAGCAGUACACCUCGGAGGGGCUUUACCUAAAGUCGGAUUUAGUCGCAAACAAUGGCCACGCCRAACCCCCGCCGAGCUCCAGCCCGACUCCRCCGGGGAACCUGUCGCCGAGCAUCCCGCCGGACUUCCAGGUGGCGCUGCGGGGCUCCCCGGACAGCUUCAGCACCAGCAGCGACGGGACGGUGGCGCCGCUGGUGCCGCUGCUCGGCCGGAACUUCAUCCACGAGCCGCCGGGCGAGCUCCGGCAGGUCACCAUGAAGCGCCACAAGAGCAACGAGGGCCURGGAUUCAGCAUCCGCGGCGGCUCGGAGCACGGGGUCGGGAUCUACGUGUCCCUGGUGGAGCCCGGGAGCCUGGCGGAGAAGCAGGGGCUCCGCAUCGGCGACCAGAUCAUGAAAGUUAACGACAAAGUGUUCGAGAAAGUCACCCACGCCGAAGCGGUGAAGGUGCUGAAGGGCAGCAAGAAGCUGAACCUGUCGGUACGCUCAGUCGGGCGGAUCCCGGGCGGCUACGUCACCAACCACGUCUACACCUGGGUGGAUCCUCAGGGUCGCAGCGUGUCCCCUCCUCCGGAUCUACCGGAGCAUCGGAGCGCCACGCUGCGGCGAACCGACAGCCAGCGGCGCAGCAACAUGCAGCUGCUUCAGGAGGGAGACGAGAAGAAGGUGAACCUGGUUCUGGAUGACGGACGGUCUCUGGGCCUGAUGAUCCGAGGAGGAGCUGAAUACGCGCUGGGAAUCUACAUCACCGGAGUGGACAAGGGAUCGGCAGCGGAGUGCGGAGGACUCAAGUGUCUGCCCGCUCCGCCUUGCUCAGCCCCUCCCACCACGCCUCUCUUCUCCGCUCCGCCCCCGCAGGUCGGCGACCAGAUCCUGGAGGUCAACGGUCACAACUUCCUGAGCAUCCCGCACGACGAGGCCGUCCGCGUGCUGAAGUCGUCGCGCCACCUCAUGAUGACGGUGAAGGACGUGGGACGGCUGCCGCACGCCCGGACGGUGGUGGGGGAGACCAAGUGGAUCGCCAGCUCGCAGAUCGCAGAGAGCUCCGCCAACAGCAGCGUGGCCAGCUUCUCUGUGGACCAAGGAGCCUCUGCAGCAGGAAAGCCCGGGUUCUAUAAGGGCGUUGCCGGCUCUCAGGUGACCCUGUCCAGCCUGGUCAACCAAUCCCGCGCCAUGCUGGAGGAGCAGGCACGCCACCUGCUGACCGAAGCCGAGCGUCAGACCAUGAGCUACUACGUGGAGGAAUACAGGGACGGACACAUCGGCAUCGAGCCGCUGGUCAUGGCGCUGUUCGAGCUGCUCAACACGCACGCCAAGUUUUCCCUCCUGUCGGAGGUGAGAGGGCUGGUCACGCCGCAGGACCUGGAGCGCUUCGACGGGCUGGUGCUGCGGCGAGAGAUCCAGGCCCUGAAGGCGCGGCAGGGGACGGCGGGCGCCGCCAGCGCUCAGCCGGACUGCCUGUCCAUGGUGUCGUUUCCAGACACGCUGACGUCGUCAUCAGCCAGCUUCCUGACCAGCACGACGCUCAGCUCUGCGCGGGAGAGGCUGCUGUGGCUGAUAGACAUGAUGGAGAACGACAGCGUGGCGGAAAGCAACGAGGCGGAUCCUCCGGAGAGCCUGAACACGCUGCUGACCGACGUCUCUCUGGAUGACGUUCAGUCCGCCACAGCAGAGUCGCCCCCCUCCUUCAAGCCUCCGCCCCCUCCGGGGUCUCAGAGGCGCCCGGGGAGGCGGGAUGCUCUCUCCAAGUGCCCGUCCUCCGAAUCCUCCCAGUCCGGGUUGUACUUCACGGCCCCCAGCUCUUCUUCUGCGCCAAGACGCGACGCCUCCCGGGACUACGCCGCCAUCAAGAAGAAAGUGCCCAAAAAGGAGAAAAUAACGUCCGCCCAGCUGGCCUCCGUCUCCCAGCACAACAUCGGCCCCUUCCCCAGGGUCCAGUCACCCAACAGAGGCCCCAAACCGGCCGCCCCGUCCCCCUCACCCCCACCGCCGCCGCCACUUCCUGCCCCGCCUCCUCCUCCCUCGCUCCCCUCUAAGCCGGUGUCCCUGUCCAAGGCCUCCCUCGGCCUGCCUGCCGCCUCCAAGCAGCAGUUUGUGACAGUGGAGGUCCACAGGCCCAACGCUGAGCCGGACGUCAACGAGGUGCGGCCGCUGCCCCAGGCUAGAGGCGGCGCCCUGUCCCAGCUGUCCGACAGCGGACAGACCCUCAGCGAGGACAGCGGCGUGGACAUCGCCGAGUCGGCACACGUCAGUAAAGACGGUAGCCCCCGAUCCUCGGGCGCGCGCCCCGCCCGCCACCCCCAGGACGGCGGAGGGGAAAACCCGUCCAAACCGCCGGGGCUCCUGGAGCCCACCUCCACGCUAGUGAGGGUGCCAAAGAGUGCCAGCACCCUGGGAAUCGCCAUCGAGGGCGGAGCCAACACACGCCAGCCGCUGCCGCGCAUCGUCACAAUCCAGAGGGGCGGCUCGGCCCAUAACUGCGGCCAGCUGAAGGUGGGUCAGAUCAUCCUGGAGGUAAACGGGGUUUCCCUCAGGGGCCGAGAGCACCGGGACGCCGCUCGCCUCAUCGCCGAGGCCUUCAAGACCAAAGAGAGGGACUACGUGGACUUCCUGGUGACGGAGUUCAACGUGGCGCUGUAGCUGCUGGCAGGCGACGACGACGAUGGUGACGGCCAACCUUCUUCACGACCCGACGGCACAAACCGAAACAGAACCACCGACUGAUCUCUGAGCCCUCCUUCUCUUUUCUAAUCCAACCUUUAACUUGAAAGGCAUUAUUUCCUCAACGUGUUACCUCCAGCUGUGAGACCCGAUGCGCUGCAGCCAGGAUUUGUGAAUCUUUACCUUUCUGGAACGGCUCCUCGCUCUGUCUGACGUCUAAUUUAUUUAUUUAACGUUUAUUUCUGCUUCUGUCUUGAGAGUGAACUGUACAGCUGAAAACGACGGAUGCUUGACUUUACAAGCUCGGGUUUGUACUGUAUAUAAAAAUGGACAUAUGUAGAUACAGAUGGAUAUAUGCUCACAUUAAAAUGCUCCUAUAUAAAUAAAAACAUGUGUAACCUUUGA